AUGACGGAUCUGAGACCCAGUCACUCCGUGAAGCUGAAUGAUGGGCACUGCAUGCCAAAGCUGGGAUUUGGCACUUACACUACUGAAGACACCCCUAAGAGCAAGGCUGGCGAGGCCACCAGGGUGGCGAUUGACGUAGGUUUCUGUCACAUCGAUGCAGCGUGCUUCUAUCAAAACGAGGAGGAGGUCGGACAGGCCAUUCGCGAGAAGAUUGCGGACGGGACCGUGAAGAGAGAGGACAUCUUCUACACCACCAAGCUUUGGCAUACUUUCAUGCGACCAGAAUUGGUUCGACCAGCCCUGGAAAGGUCACUGAAGAAACUUGGCUUGGACUAUGUUGAUCUCUUCGUUAUUCACGAACCAUUUGCUAUGAAGCCUGGGGAGGAACUGCUGCCAAGGGAUGCCAAUGGAAAAUUCAUCUUUGAUACCGUGGACCUUUGUGACACUUGGGAGGCCCUGGAGAAGUGCAAAGACGAAGGUCUAACCAGGUCCAUCGGGGUGUCCAACUUCAACCACCAGCAGCUGGAACUGAUCCUGAGCGAGCCGGGGCUCAAGUACAAGCCCGUCUGCAACCAGGUGGAAUGUCAUCCUUACCUCAACCAGAGCAAACUCCUGGCAUUCUGCAAGCCCAAGGACAUUGUUCUAGUUGCCUACGGUACCCUGGGAUCCAGUAGAGACCCAAGGUGGGUGGAUAAGGACAGCCCACACCUCUUAGAGGACCCAGUCUUGAAAGCCAUCGCCAAGAAACACGGUCGAAGCCCAGGCCAGGUUGCUCUGCGCUUCCAGCUGCAGCGGGGGGUGGUGGUCCUGGCCAAGAGCUUCAAUGAGAAGAGAAUCAGAGAGAACUUCCAGGUUUUUGACUUUGAAUUGGCUCCAGAAGACAUGAAAGCCAUCGAAGGCCUCAACAGGAAUUUCCGAUAUCUUCCUUUAAAAUUUGUUACUGAUCACCCUAAUUAUCCAUUUUUUUUGAAGAAUAUUGACUGUGAGUUGCUACACAUCACUACCGGAAUUUCCUUCAUUUGA